GACAGUGUCCUGGACCGCCUUCAAAAAUCCGACGAAGCCCGCGGCUAUCACAUCAACUUGACAUGGCUAGACUUCAAGGUGCCAGACGAUUUGACCAUGGCCCAAGUGGACAAGUUUGGGGAGGAGGUCUUCAGCAAGGUUCCGGAGACCUGGCCGUUGCACCUGAAUGUGCCGGUGGCAUGCUUCUCCAAGACGGACAUGGCUCCGAAGCACACCUGGCAGCCCUUCGCUUUGCACUUGUGUCUGGCAGCCUUCUGGAGAAGCUUCGCUAAGGCGAAGCUGCACACACCGGACUUGGUGCCGAAGUUCAUGAAGCUCGCCCGUUCCGCUGUCUGCGACUUCAAGUACUUCAGCGACAGCAGUGCAACUGCACUGCUCUGUGCCGAGGCUUCUGUGGGCGAGACUUUCGAGUUGCUGGCCGAAUACUUCGGCAACAACACCCUGCGACUUCUCAAGCUCGUCCGUCAGGUGCAACGGACGUUGCCCAAGACACAGAGGGAGGCUACCGACAUCUGUGCCUUCCUCAACAAAAACGUGCAUUGGCAUUUGAGUCGCAGAUCACCUCAGCCGGAGACCAUCAACAACUUGAUCACGAUCGCCAACAUGACUGAGAAAGCCCCUCAAGCCAGGGCAGCAUUUGGCAAGAUGAACACCUUCGAGCAUACCAGCAAGCUCUUGGCGAUUGCCCAGAAGACCGCGACUGGUGCUGAGUUUGGCUGGGUCGUGGCAGGCAUCUACAGCGAGAUGCUGAGGUCGGACACGGCCGAUGGUGAUGAUGUCAACCUGACCCUGGGACUGCCGGAUUUCAUGCUCAGAGCAAUGAACUUUCUGCAAGGGUGCAUGGUUGGGAAGCACAAUGAAACUUUGAAGGGCUCUCUGGCUGGAUCCAUGGGCCCACUGCAGGUGGAAUCUUUUCUGGAGGCCGGCUCUGUCAAGUCCGUCUGGAGUGAGAUCGAGAGCAGCCUGGCGAAGGCCAAUGGGGAGCCAGAAGAGCGAACUCCCGCGACCGAGCAGGAGAAGAGCAAGGCGGAGCAGGCAAAGCAGAAGCAGCAGGAGAAGCAGGAUACCCUGAAGGUUCUUCAGGCGGACGCCCUGGAGGAGGCGGAGCGUCUCCACGACCAAAGGUCCGUCCUCCUGGUGCCCGAUACGGACCACCCCGUCUCUGCUUUGCUGGACGGCCAGACGUUGGUGAAGCUGGGAAACCGCAUGUUGGGCUUCUUCGACUGUAAAAAUCACGGGCUAGCUCGUGUGUAUGCUGGACAGAACUGCUUCCAGAGGGUUCCCGCCAUCAGCAGUGACGAUUUCGAGACCUUUCUGAAGACCUGGCUCCGGGUGCACACCAAGAGUCAGGACUUCGUGUUUGUGCUCACUGGCAAG